CGAACCUCAAAGUCCACGAGACUCCCACCGGGCAUCCGGUCGAAACCUUUUCUGGUUACUGGUCACAAGAGUCAAACCCACCGCUAAACUGAAACAGUUAACAAUUACCGCUACUAUACACUCAACUGUACUUCCGCCAUUAUUAUUGGUUACUACGCUUUCCUGUUUCUUUCAUUGCACCUCAAAAGCUUCGUCCUUUUUGUCCUCUGAAUCUUCCCCAACAAAAGGGUUGUUUUGUUUGUUUGUUUUCUUGCAUUUUUCACUCCCAUCAAGAUGCAAGAUCCAUCAGGUUCGAAGCCAUCGGCCAACCAAACGCCGCCGUUUCCCUCUGCAUUCCGGCAAUCGCACCACCGGAGGGCUCACUCCGAAGUCAACUUCCGUCUGCCGGAGGAUCUGGAUCUGGCGUCCGACCCCUUCGACGCCGCCGCGCCGGCCGGGAGCUUCGAGGAGAUGGGAUCCGAGGACGAUUUCUUCUCUACUUACAUGGACAUCGAGAAGCUCGGCGCCGGAUCCGGCGCCGCCGAUGCUUCUGCGGCGGCGGGUGUUGACAAUGCAGGCUGCGAUGGCGGUAAUGGGGUGAAGAGCUCCAGCCGGCCGCGGCAUCGCCAUAGCAACUCGGUGGAUAGCUCCGGCUUACUGCUUGGCGAUGGCGGCAUUGAAGCUAAGAAAUCUAUGGCGCCUGAUAAACUGGCUGAGCUCUGGACCAUUGAUCCCAAAAGGGCAAAAAGAAUUCUGGCAAAUAGGCAAUCUGCUGCUCGAUCGAAAGAGCGCAAGGCGCAUUACAUGUCUGAGCUUGAGAGGAAAGUUCAGACCCUUCAAACAGAAGCAACCACUCUUUCUGCACAGCUCACCCUAUUCCAGAGGGAUACGACUGGUCUUACUAAUGAGAACACUGAGCUUAAGCUCCGUUUGCAAGCCAUGGAACAACAGGCUCAAUUACGUGAUGCUUUAAACGAAGCACUGAAGCAGGAGGUUGAGAGGCUCAGAAUAGCGACUGGUGAAAUGGCAGCCCCGUCUGAUGCAUACAAUUUUGGAAUGCAACAUAUUCCUUAUAACCAAUCAACCUUAUUUUCUUCGCAUCAACCACAAUUAGGCCCGAGCGACUCCCAGAAUAUGCAAAUGCCACAGUAUCAUCCUCUCGGGUCCAACAUAUCUACGCCCCAUCACCCCAUUCUUGCAGGAAACCACGCACAGGCUCUCCUGCAUACACUGAACCAGGAUCCUCUCGGGCGCUUCCAGGGUCUUGAUAUCAAUAGCAGCGGGUCCCAUUUCAUCAAGACCGAAGUUCCUACCAUAUCUGCCAGCGAAAGCAGCAGUACAUUCUGAUCGCAAGCUCUCCCUAUUUAUUGAAUUGUUCAUAGACUGACACCAUGUUUAACAUCCCGGGAACUCACUGUUCUUCGAUUAUUUUUAGAUUCUUACCUUCGACUUAGUAGUAGCAGUAUGUUAUAUUCUUUGAUGUUGUUGUGGCAGUGGGUUUCUUUGAUCUUUCUUUUGUUUCUUCUUUGUAUCAAUCAUGUAAUACUCAACUCAUUGUUGAACUCUCAUGCAUUGUAUCAUGUGGAAGCCUUGACUAUUGUGCUGAUUAAUUCUACUGUUUAGAU